CGUGUCGACCACUAUUUAACUAGAACCCUAAAAUCGAAUUUAACUAGAACCCUAAAAUCGAAUCGAAGCACCUCAGCAAUGGAGAUGCUCCUCUCCCUCGAACGCGCUCGGAAGAGUGCUGAAACCUCUUAUCCUCAGAAUCCGCGUGAUGGUGAUAACUUGGCGAGGUGGGGACGUGCAUUGCUGAAUCUAGCACGGUUCGAGCAUGGAGUCGAAUCGAAACAAAUGAUUUCUGAUGCAAUCUCAAGGUUGGAGAAGGCAUUGACUUUGAAACCUAAAAAGAAGCAUGAUGUGCUUUGGUGUUUGGGAAAUGCCUAUACUUCAUAUGGUUUAUUAACUACUGAUAUGGAUGCAGCUGCUCUUUACUUUGAAAAAGCAACUAUGUUCUUUAAGCAGGCAUCUGAUGCGGAUCCCUCAAAUGACCUUUACCGCAAAUCUUUGGAUGCUGCUGCUAAGAUUUCAAAAAAGGAGAGCAUUAAUAUCAAUUAUGACAUUUUCUAUUGGGUCAUACUAGCCGCUGGCAUUGUUGCAUGGGUGGGAUUUGCAAAAUCCGAUAUGUCUCCACCACCACCACCGCCUCCACAAUGAAUACAAGUGAAGUGUGAUUCGGGGAAUGGAUUACUGCAUAUAUAUAUCUGAGUUAAAAUAGCACCACCUAAGCCAGCAAAUCCCAACCACAGGACUUUUUGGGAAAUUUUGCACACAAGAGACUAUAGUUGCUGUGUUGAAUGCACUAAUAUAAGAAUGCACAUCUUAAGAAAAAUUGUUAAACUUAA